UACUUGUUUUAAGCUUUUACCUUGCAUAUUUCAUUAUCCUGCUUAAAAUGACCAGAGCAAGCGUAUUACAAUAAUUAUAGCCUAAAAAAAAAACUCACCAAGAAAGCAUGACGCUAUCUGUACUAUUGUGAGCCAACCUAGCGCACCUGUGCGUUCCAUUGGGUGUUACGCACCCCAAGUGGCGUUACGUCGGCUAGGGUUAGUGAAAAAACGCAACACAUGGCUUACAGUAGAGUAGUACAAUAACAAAUCAAUAGACAUUGGUUAUUGAGAGAACUGGGAUAUGAGUGGUCGCGAGCGCAGUAGAAACCGAACCUGGUCGUUGGAUUCGGACCUUGACUCGCGUGCGUCCCAGACAGUGGGCAGUUCGUCAGGGGGUCUUGAGGAGGACAAGGAGGUCGCCUCGCAAGCUGUACUGUUCUUCAUCAAUGGUUCGAGGAGAGGUGCAGUGCACCUGUGCUCGAGUAUAGCCGAGAUACUGCGCGAGAAUCAACGCACCACACCCCCCUGCCUCCCUCCUCUGGUCCCCCUUCACAACCUCACCCCUCAGAGGAGACAGACAGCAGUUCUGCCCUGUGUGAAAGAGUGUGAGAAGGAGGAUCCGCAAGGAAAGGAGAGGAGAGGAAAGGAAGGCAGGAGAGGAGAUGAGAGGGUGAAGAAGAGAGGGGGAGAAAGGAGACAAGAAGACAACAGUCUUACUCUACCCUCUGUAGAAGAAGCUCUGGGAUCACAACCCUUACCCAUCAUGCCUCACUCCUCCCAUAGUGACAGCAUUCCCAGAGAAAGAGUCAGGAGGAGGGAGAAGGGCAACCUGUCGUCUGAGCAGGGUGGACAGACAUCGGACCGAAAACACACGCUGAAGGCUGGACCUCAUUAUCAUACUUCACAAUGGACACAUGAGGAUGUCACAGCCUUUAUGAUGAGCUGUUUUUGUGGUAGUUUGUUUUUGGUUGUUGAUAUUGUUGUUGUUUGUGAGCAGAAAAGAGAGAAUGUCCUAAGGAGAAGUGCCUCAUGUGGACCUCUGAGGGGAGAGAUGGAGGAGACAAAAGAGGAGGAGAGGUGGUGUCUGGCCCCAGACUAUCCUGACUCCUCGUCCACAGUCCAAGCAGCAGGAGGGCUGGAACCCAGGGCAUUAACCACCAGGAAGAAGCACCGCCUGUGUGUGAAUGACCGUGUAGUGCUGGAGGGGAGGAGGAGAGGAGAGGAGAGGAGAAGAGGAGCUGUGAGGUUCAUCGGACCACUGGAAAACACUGAGUCUACAGACAUCUAUAUAGGAGUGGAAUUGGACACAGCCAGUGGAGAAAAUGAAGGCAGUCUCCAUGGUAACAGGUACUUCAGGUGUAAGCCCAACCAUGGAACAUUCACCACCAUCACGGGGAUCAGAAAGCUCUCUCGAUCAUCCCACUCCAAGUCUAGAAGCUCCAAACCUCCAGAGGAGGGUGACUCUAGUGACUCUGGGCCGGGGAGCUCUGCAGUGGCAAUAGGGAGGAGCAGCCAGAGCGUUGGGAGCAGGAACGGGCUCAGAAGGACCUGGAACCAGAUGGACAUUAGAGCUCAGGUCCAUUCAGAGCCAGGAGGACCCAGAGAUAAGACUACCGUGGAGAACCCUGGACUGGACUGACAUUACACCAUCACUUACCCCUGGACUGGCCUGACACUCCUCUCCUAAUCCCUCAAUCCACAGCCUUACAUUUUCUCCUUUCUCUCCUGACGAGUUUAUACACACUAGACAACAUGCUGAAGAAGCCUUCUUCAAUCUUCCAGCAUGUAACUAUAGAGAGAGAGGACUUGUUUUAGUAUGGGCAGCACCAUUGAGGACUUCAACUGGGUGGCACCUCCUAUGGGUUAAGGAAGGAUCACAUAAUUCCAUCCAGGUCAUCAGGAGGGAUCAGCCAAUGAAUUUAACUAGUGAGGAAACAUUCCUUAACUCCAGGUGGCAGUAAAUCUCCAACCUUGGCUUUUUACCUGUUCAAACAACACACUCUAGGUGGCAGUAUGCACCCUUUUUGCCAUCUCGUAGAUGAAAGUUGACUAGUUCAAAAUGGAGAUGCUCACAGAUGCCAUAAUGGAACGAUGCGAAGUUAUCCAAGUAUAUGGUUGUAACUGACCUCCCAGCCUUUUGACAAAUGGCAUCUGUCUGCCAUGCUUUCAUCAGAUGUAACUGACCAAUCCAAGUCUUGGAUCAGGAAAAACUUUUCUAGAUGAACGUGUGUUGUCUGUGGGAGACAUUAUGCGCACAAACCAAAGGCGGCGACCUUGGUAGGGCAAUCUUUAUUGCAUAUGAAUGACAAGACCUGACAUUGCCUCCCAUUCAUUCUCGUAUCUGUAUGUAUCAGACAGCGGUGAAACCAGUUUACAUGGUGUUCAACUGCUGUGGCUCCUGCUUUAUGGUCUGUUUAACGCUCCAGUCUUCCAAUAUAAACACUUACAUUCGGUACACUACCAAUAUGCUGUAAUAACUCCUUAUGACACCUGUUAUGUCAGUGUUACGCAGGCCUUAUGACACCUGUUAUGUCAGUGUUACGCAGGCCUUAUGACACCUGUUAUGUCAGUGUUACGCAGGCCUUAUGACAGACUUCAAGUAAAGUGUUAGUGAACAGAAGAAAGCCUUCAUCAAACUGCGCUUUUCCUUCAUAUAUGUCACGAACAGUUUUAUAUAACACAUGGUUUCCAGACUACUAAUAAACAUUGCUGUGGUAAAACA